AUGUCAAGCAGUAAAGGAACGACUUCAGUUGAUAAUCUGGAUGGUAUAACAAAUUUAGCUGAGGCAGCUUUAAAAAUAAAAGAUGAAGCAAAUCAGUUAUUCAAUGAUCAAGCUUAUGAUUUAGCUAUUGAAUUAUAUUCAAAAGCUAUUGGGCUUGAUGGGAAUGUAGCAGUGUUUUAUGGCAAUAGGAGUGCUGCAUAUCUAAAGAAGGAGCUUUAUGGAAGUGCAUUGGAAGACGCAGCUAAAGCUAUUGAAUUAGAUUCUGAUUAUAUUAAAGGAUAUUAUAGAAGAGCAACAGCUUAUAUGGCACUUGGAAAAUUCAAAAAUGCUUUAAAGGAUUAUGAUGCGGUGCGGAAAGCUCGGCCAGCGGACAAGGACGCCAAUAAAAAAUUUGUGGAAUGUCAGAAAAUAGUGAAGCGAAUAGCUUUUGAACAAGCUAUAUCUAUGGAUCAUGACAAACGAAGCAUUGCUGAUUCUAUUAAUUUGGAUACAAUUGUGGAAUCUUCAUAUGAUGGUCCUAGGUUAGAUGAAAAAAUAUCUUUGGAGUUCAUGCAACAUUUAAUACAAACGUACAAAAAUCAGAGGAAGCUUCAUAAAAAGUACGCGUACAAGAUUUUGUUAAUGAUUCGAAAGAUGUUUGAAAGUUUGCCAACAUUGGUUGACAUAGAAGUAUCUGUAGGUCAUAAGUUCACAGUCUGUGGUGAUAUUCAUGGGCAAUUUUAUGAUUUAUGCAAUAUUUUUGAACUUAACGGGUUGCCUUCAGAAGAGAACCCUUAUCUUUUUAACGGUGAUUUCGUCGAUCGAGGAUCUUUUUCUGUCGAAACUAUAUUCACCUUGUUUGGUUUCAAAUUGCUUUAUCCAAAUCACUUUUUCAUGUCAAGAGGCAAUCAUGAAAGCGAUGUUAUGAAUAAAAUGUAUGGGUUUGAAGGGGAAGUGCGAAGCAAAUAUUCUUCACAAAUGGCCGAUUUUUUCACAGAAAUAUUUAACUAUUUGCCACUUUGUCAUGUUAUCAAUAAGAAAAUUUUUGUUUGUCAUGGUGGUUUGUUUGGAUCUGACAAUGUUUCUUUGGAUGAUAUUAGAGCUACUGAUAGAGUUCGUCAGCCUCCUGAUGAGGGGAUAAUGUGCGACUUACUUUGGUCAGAUCCUCAAGAUAUUCGAGGUAGGUCAGCAUCUAAACGAGGUGUUGGUUGUCAGUUUGGUCCUGACAUCACUAACGAAUUUUGUGAGAAAAAUGGCAUAGACUAUGUGAUAAGAAGUCAUGAAGUCAAACCAGAGGGAUAUGAAUCACAUCAUGGUGGAAAAUGCUAUACUGUGUUUAGUGCUCCUAAUUAUUGUGAUACGAUGGGCAAUAAAGGUGCAUUUUGCACGAUACGAGGUGAUGAUUUGGAGCCAAAAUUCACCUCGUUUUGCGCUGUUUCGCAUCCAAAUGUAAGUUUAGUUGUUUCGACGGAAGGAUAA